AUGUGUUACAGACUUGCUUUUCUGCUGUCCCUUUUAUUCUGCUUUGGCUCUGUCUCCAGGACUUCAGAGAUUCUGACCUCCACCUCUUCCCUGGAGUCAGCUCCAGUAUCACCCCAAGUUACAACUCCCGUGGUACCUCCAAGAGCCACAUCUUGGGCAGAAGUUAGUACUGUGUCACGGCCGUUUUCCAAUUUCACCGGCUCUGUGGACAGCCAUGGGACCUGCCAGUGCUCCGUUUCCCUGCCGGACACCACUUUUCCUGCUGACAGAGUGGAGCGCUUAGAAUUCACAGCUCACAACCUUUCUCAGAAGUUUGAGAAAGAAUUUUCUAAGGUGAAGGAGUAUGUCAAGCUAAUCAGUGUGUAUGAGAAGAAGCUCCGGAACUUGACUGUCCGAGUAGAGGUCAUGGAGAAGGACAGUAUUUCUUACACAGAACUGGACUUUGCGCUCAUCAAGCUGGAAGUGAAUGAGAUGCAUAAGCUGGUCAUACAGCUGAGGGAGAAUUUUGUUGGAAGCACAGACGUUAUCGAGAAGCUGGAAGUGGAGAUAAGGAAUAUGACUCUCCUGGUAGAGAAGCUGGAGACGCUAGACCAAAACAAUGUCCUUAGCAUUCGCCGGCAAAUCUUGGCUCUGAAGAACAAGCUGAAAGAAUGCGAGGCCUCUAAAAGUGAGCUCGUGCCUGCCACGCCCCCUCCACCUGCUCCUGGAAGCUGUAGUCAUGGUGGCGUGGUGAACAUCAGUGCUCCGGCUGUGGUUCAGCUCAACUGGCUAGGGUUUAAUUAUAAAUAUGGUGCUUGGGGUCGAGAAUACUCUCCUCAGCAUCCAGAGAGAACUCUGUACUGGGUGGCACCUCUGAAUUCAGAUGCGAGGGCUCUAGAAGCUUACAGACUUUAUAACUCACUGGAUAAUUUGUUAAUCUAUUCACAUGCUCGAGACUAUAGGAUUCGCUAUGGCCAAGGGGGUGGUACAGUAGCAUACAACAACAACCUGUAUGUGAAUUGGUACAAUGGGAGGAACAUUGCCAAAAUUAACCUGACUACCAAUGAAGUUACUGUGAAUCGACCUCUCCCUAUGGCUGCCUAUAAUAACCGCUUCUCAUAUGCUAAUGUGAACUGGCAGGACAUUGACUUCGAUGUAGAUGAGCAAGCACUGUGGGUAAUUUAUGCAACUGAGGCCAGUACAGGUAACAUAGUGAUAAGUAAACUGAAUGAUACCUCUCUUGAGGUGCUAGACACGUGGGUUACCAAGCAGUACAAACCAUCAGUUUCUAAUGUCUUCGUGGUAUGUGGAGUUCUCUAUGCUACCCGUACUUUGAAUACCAAAACAGAAGAAAUUUUUUACUACUAUGAUACAAACACAGGGAAGGAAGGCUAUCUAGCCAUCCCAAUGAGAAAGAUGCAGGAAAGAAUUCAGAGCAUUAAUUAUCAUCCCAUUGACCAAAAACUUUAUGUCUACAAUGAUGGGUAUCUUCUGAAUUAUAAUCUUGUCUUCUCACGGGAGCCCAGGCAACCCGCCUCAAUGUUAGUAUAAAAGAGAAAUAAAAUGUUGGUUGAAAAUGCCCUUCUCCAUGUAUUUAGACAUUUUCAGGGAAAUUUCGGUAUGUGUUUCUUUAGGAGUGAUGUUUAGUAGAGAUAUAGUUCUAGCACAAUAGAGAUCUAGGAUAUUUCUCUUAAUUUGAUUUCUCUUGGGAACCACCAUUCUCUUUGGAUGGAUUUAACAACUGAAAUAACGUCCUUCUAGGUGAAGUUCUCAGAGGUUAGGGGUACUAAGAGUCUAAUGAAGUCUCUAGUGAGAUGAAAUCUGGAAAUUAAGGAACUUAGGGGAACUCAAUAUGAACUCUGGGAAUUCUUUCUCUAGGAAAAUUUGCAUAGUGAUCAGUCAUCCACCAUCCACCAUGUAGCACAUUGACUUGUCCAUGGGGGAAAGGAAAUUGGGGAUUAACUGGGUGAAUAAAGGGCCAAAUAGCCACCUUUGUUUUUCUUACUAGCUCUGGAACCUGCUUUGUGCAUCCUGGGUUGGUAAAUUUGGCAACUUAAAUGGGAUAUGUUAGACAUUUUGAGUUUUCUGGAGAAAAAAAAACUUUUACAUUUGAGUUAUACUGAAAAUAAAUCCUAGAGGGGUUGGCUUUUGUUUUCUCUCAUUCUUUACAUACAUAACUGAAUUACCUCGUAAUUCAGUUUCCAAGGCAGCCAUAAUAUUAGAAGUGAACUUAGCAACCAAUUGCCUUUAUCUACUGCUUAUGUGUUUUUCUUAAAGAUUAACUAGUUUUCUGUGAGACAGACACAAGAUAAAAUCAACUUUCUUUCAUCUUAUUAUGCAAUUUUGGUUUAUAUGACUCAAAGAUUGUAAAAAAAAUUCAGUUGACAGUGACAAAAUGGUAGCAUUUAUAGUUAUAUAACAAAGAUCUUGGAGUAAGUUGUACCACUUGUUUCAUGUCAUUCCUAUCUAUAAACUUGGAAUUUGUAAGAAAGUGAAUUUUUUUUCUAGAAAGGAAUGUAGAAAAUCUCCUUGAAGUAUCUGGGUAAUCAGUGCAGUGGCUGAGAGCCUGGUGGGUGCAGAUGUCCCAGUUGCUUCAGAUGGCUCCAUCAUAUGGUCUUGGCUAGUUUCCAUUGAUGUUCA